UUUGUUUAUGGGAUAGGCAAUAAGGUGCACGUGUUCUUGUUAUGCUGUGAUUUAGAGGCAUAUGGUUGAGCUUUUGAGACACCGUGAACGCAACAAGAGUGACAGGAGAGGAACCGAGGUUGUGUGUGUGUGCGUGUGUUUAUUACAUUGUCCAGAUAUAUUUUUAUGUCAUUAUUGUGAGUACACUUCGGCGUUGUGAGUACAUUAACUACAAAGGGCAUUUUGAGGGGUAAGACGGUUUGAGGGUUAAGGGCAAAAUUAGGUUGGGGUUAGUGCAAGGGUUGCUUUUAGGCUAGGGAAUGCAUUAUAUCGGUGAAUGUCCUCACAAAGAUAUCUAUACAAGCAUAUGUUUGUGUGUAUUAAUGUGUGUGAGAGGGGAGGAGUGUGAAGGAAUUGACAAGAAAUUUCAGGUCGAUGAAUAUACAGUAUAUACAGCUACAACUAUCAGUACCAGUCAGGCAAAUGGGCUGCCUUAGGGACCAUAUACACAUAUGUACCAGAGGCAGACUAUGUUUCUGAAUAUCCGCCCGUGAAGCACACAUACAAACAUAAGGGUAGGCGUAUGUACUGUAUACAAGAGCCAUCUCGACCUCGUUAUAUAUUUAUAUAUUAAUGUAGGCGUGGUUAGAGGAAUUGGGCUCAGCCAAUAGUGUCGCAGUGGAGGGAGCGGGGCGUUCCAUUCGGUUAGGAGCAGAAGUUGAACAGCGCGAGCCGAGUCAGAGCUCUAGAAAGGCAGAUAGAAAGAGGACAGAGGCAACGGCCCUCUUCUGGAGGGGGGCUUAUUAUAACAAUUAUAUAUACACACACGUGUGAACUGUUUGGCCGCACGAUAGGUCAUAUGUGGAUAACAGUUAUUUUAGAAAAGCAUACAGCCGCGGCUUUGUAUUUAAAAUGCCUAUUUUACUUUUCCUGUUAGACACGUCCGCCUCUAUGAAUCAGCGCACUUAUUUGGGUACGACGUAUCUGGACAUUGCUAAAGGCGCGGUUGAGGUCUUUAUGAAGCUGCGUGCCCGAGACCCGGCUAGUAGAGGCGACAGGUACAUGCUAGUUACAUUCGAUGAUCCACCAUACGGAGUGAAGGCAGGCUGGAAGGAGAACCAUGCCACCUUCAUGUGCGAGCUGAAGAACCUGCAGGCAUCUGGGUUGACUACAUUAGGUCAUGCUCUUCGCACAGCCUUUGACCUGCUUAACCUCAACCGCCUUGUCUCUGGCAUCGACAACUAUGGACAGGGCCGGAACCCCUUCUUCCUCGAGCCAUCUGUGAUCAUCACUAUCACUGAUGGGAACAAGCUUACACACAGUUCUGGGGUGCCAGAUGAGCUGCACCUGCCUCUGAACUCUCCUUUGGCAGGCAGUGAACUGACCAAAGAACCCUUUCGCUGGGACCAGCGUCUGUUUGCACUGGUGCUCAGGCUGCCCGGGGCCGCCACGCCAGACAACGAGCAGCUCGGUAGCGUCCCCACAGAUGAGUCUGCUAUCACCCAGAUGUGUGAAGUCACUGGAGGGCGAUCAUACUGUGUGCGAACACAGAGGAUGCUGAACCAGUGUCUGGAAUCUCUAGUGCAGAAGGUUCAAAGCGGAGUUGUCAUUAAUUUUGAGAAGACGGGGCCAGACCCACCUGUCGUUGGGGAAGACAACUCUUCGGAGUCAACUCAUCCUGCGUCAUCCUUCAGCCCACAGCUGUGGCACAGUUGCCACAAACUCAUCUAUGUGCGGCCAAACCCAAAGACCGGAGUGCCGGUUGGACACUGGCCUAUACCUGAGUCCUUCUGGCCGGACCAGAAUUCUCCUACACUGCCGCCUCGGUCUGCUCACCCCGUGGUGCGUUUCUCUUGUGUGGACUGUGAGCCCAUGGUGAUCGAUAAGCUUCCCUUUGACAAGUAUGAACUGGAGCCCUCUCCACUCACACGGUACAUCCUGGAAAGGAAGUCACCACACAUGUGCUGGCAGGUGUUUGUCAGCAGCAGUGGGAAGCAAAAUGACCUGGGACAGCCAUUUGGCUACCUUAAAGCCAGCACCACUCUCACCUGUGUCAACCUGUUUGUCAUGCCUUACAACUACCCAGUCCUUCUCCCGCUUUUAGAUGAUUUGUUUAAAGUGCACAAAUUCAAACCAAACCUCAAGUGGCGACAGGCCUUCGAGAUGUACCUGAAGACAAUGCCUCCAUACUACCUCCUGCCCUUAAAAAAGGCGUUGAGGAUGAUGGGUGCACCUAAUCUUAUCGCAGACACCUUGGACUGUGGCCUGAGUUACAGUGUCAUCUCAUAUCUAAAGAAGCUCAGCCAGCAGGCAAAGAUCGAAUCAGACCGUUUAAUUGUGUCCGUGGGGAAGAAGGCUCCCCAAGAAACUGGCAUAAAGGUGAAGAACCACUGCAGUGCUCCCUCUCUGGCCCACCGGCGAGACUUUAAGCAAUUGCUACAGGGAAUCACCGGGGAGGGCCCUCUUCGCCCCGUGGACAUCAACUUCAAAGAGUUUGCCGGCUUCCAGAUCGCCCUGCUCAACAAGGAUGUAAAACCUCAAGCUUAUCGAAAUGCCUAUGACAUCCCAAGACGGAACCUUUUGGAUCAGCUCACCCGAAUGCGCUCCAAUUUGCUGCGCAGGUCACAGAAACUCAUCCGAGGGCAAGAUGAAGACUAUCUGCACAGUAUCCCAGUGGCUCAGAUGGGAAACUAUCAGGAGUACCUAAAAAUGAUGCCGUCUCCUCUCAGAGAGAUUGACCCUGAUCAGCCUAAACGCCUGCACACAUUUGGGAAUCCUUUCAAGCAGGAUAAGAAGGGGAUGAUGAUUGAUGAGGCAGAUGAGUUUGUAGCAGGCCCUCAAAACAAGAAAAGAGGAAAUUCCAGUGAUUCCAACUCGGGUACUAUUAUGAAAAGAAGGCGGAGCAUGUCCCCGUUGCUGCGGCGGCCACAGACUCCACCAGGGAGCACCAACCACGUAGUAGUGGGGAAGAGUCCAACAGGGGGGCAGCAGAACCUCGUCAAACCAAUCCCUCAGCACAAAGGAGUGGAAGGCAACAGUGUGGUGGUCCCUGAGAGUAAUGGUGAUGGGGUUCUUGGGUCAGACUUGGGGGAGAUCUGGCUCCCUGAGAUGGACCCUAUAGUGGGAAACCCAUCUUCACUGAGCCUGGACGAGAAGGCCGGGUUGGGAGCCAUGGAUCGUGGAGAAGACGCCAACAUGAUGGAGGACAGACUAGUGGAAGAUCAUCUAGAUGAGCAGCCGUUGGAGGAGAAACACAACUGUGAACGGCUGAGUCCACAGAACCAGCUAGAGGACACUGAAGCAGACCCUGCAGCACUUGAGACCAUAUUCAUAGCCCCGCUAGAUGGCAGCCAAGCAGAGCUACGCACAAGGGUCAUAAAGGAGGUCCGCAAACCUGGACGAAAUUAUGAGUCAAUACUCAGACUACUGCAGAAAGUGAAAGGACCACCUGAUGUUCACAGGUACUUCAUCCAACAUGCCAUCAAAGAGGCUGUCAGGUUCAAGAAGCGGGUUCUGAUCCAGCAGCUGGAGGUCGCCCUCUCUGAGUUGGAGGAGAAGCGUGUGAUGUGUUCACAGCUUCUCAAUGACCACGGCCAGUAGUGAUGAAGCAUUUUUGCAUUGAUACUGAAGGAUAUUUUGUUGACUGUUGGAUAUCACCACCAUAAAGGAGACAUCCUUGCUGACUAACCUCAAAAAGACAAACUGGGGAACCAGAGGGGGAGAGAACAGAUGCACUGACAGCAGGUCUGCUACUGUCCCUGUGCUGUUACAUCACAUCCUUUUCGAGGCAGAAGGUGACAUCGAUAUGGCUUUGGUCUGUAUUAGCACUUUGUUCAGCACACACACAUUAGACAUGCAGGAUUAGACAGGAUCGUUCCUGUCACUGUUCUUUAAAAACAGACCUUUCUUCAGCUGGUCUGAAAAGUGUUUGAAAGUCUGCAACCAUUUUCUCUAUGAGUAAUAAAGGUAGAUGUGGAUGAAUGGCUGACAGGUGAAAUCUGUUCCACCCAGGUACACCUCAUAUUUUUAGUGUUAUAUCUGCAUAAAGGAUGUCCUGAUGUAUAUUUUUGUCAAAAUUGAUGUUGAUAUCUAAUGUUUUCCUCUUCUUAUCAGCUAAUACUGAUAGGCAAUAACAUUAGAUUUGGGUGACAUGGAUAACAUCUAUGAGGGUGUGUCAAAUUUUACUUGCAGUAGCAAUAUUUAUUGUGAUAUGUGGUCAAUUUUCUGGAAAUUCCAUUGAGAAACCACUGAAAGAUAAAGUCCCCAGAUGGGAAUAUGUUUUUUUAUGGUUAAUAUAGUCAGUAAAAUACCUGACAAAUCAAGGUACUACAUCACAUUGAUGUAAAAAUCCUGUAUAUCCAUUAUUAUUAUAUUAGGAUCUUCAGUAUAAAUGCCAUAGGAAAAUCUCAAAUGGCUGACAAACCUCUUGUCAUCUCAUUGCAUCUAUUGUCAUAUUGCCCAACCCUAAUUAGUGAUGGGGUCCUUGGUUCUUGAUUUGACAGUUGUAUUGACAUGUCACAACAAGCUAAAACUGAUGGACAACUGUAGUGUAUAGAUGUAUCAGUGUUUUGAGCCUCUUGCACACGACUAUGUUGAACUGGACACCACACAAGUGAUGAUAUCCAUUUAGAAAAUUUACCCUCCACCCACGUGAACACAAGCACACGUGUAAACCCUCCUCAACACCACAAACACUCCACUGAUUCCCAGAUUGUCUUUGCAUUAUUCUGAGGGGAUGUCUCUGUAUCUGUCCGGGCUCAGUGUUGAACUUAAACAACUGCCCUCUGCUCAUUUUUUGUUCUCCUUGUUUUUACCACAGAUGUACACUACUUUUUAAUGUUCAUAAGGAAUAUAGAUUAUUUUUGUGAAUUUGUUAAUUUUCAGAGUAUAAAAUAUUUUGAAAUAAAUGUUUGAAGGCAGUUUUGUAAACUGUCAAAUACAAAGUGGAAAGUUUUAUGAACAGACUUUCUUUUUUUUUUUACCAA